AGCCACUUGAGUGUUUAGUUUAGUUUACUUCCGUUGCCUGGUGAGUUGUUCUGGUGAUGUCACUUCACUCUGUCAGCUCAUAAAGUUUUAUUCACGCCAAACAAACGUUUUGAUCACUUCGUCUAACUCUGCAGUGCUCAUUACUCAAUUCACACGCAAUACGAUUUGGGUUGAACAUUUCCUGCACAAUGUAUGGCCAUAUCCAUUGCGUGAUUAAAGAUCUGGUAACAACACAGUUUGGACAAGAGGCAUGGGAGGUCAUUCUAAAUGAUGCUGGGCUCCAAGAAAGAGAACAUCUGAUGUUGUUCUAUCAUUAUGAUGACUCUAUGACUUUAAAGUUAGUGAACUCGGCAAGCAAAUGUUUAAACCUGCCUGUUGAAACAGUGCUCGAGGUAUUCGGAGACUACUUCCUGGUUCACUGCUUGAAGUAUGGCUACGACGACAUGCUAAGAACUCUGGGCUCCGACAUAACAAGCUUCAUUCAGAAUCUGGACUCACUGCACUCCCUCCUGGCUUUGACUUAUGACAAGAUAGUGGCGCCCUCAUUCAGGUGCGAGACCCAGAAAGAUGGCAGUCUGACCUUGCAUUAUUACAGCGCACGACAGGGUCUUCAUCCAUUAGUCAAAGGGGUGAUAAGAGCAGUGGCCAGAGAGAUAUUUGACCAGGAGGUGGACAUCACGCACCUCAGCACCAACACCGAGCAUCUGGACGAUGUCCGAAAACAGGAACAUUCUGUAUUUCAUGUGUUCAUCACCAAGACUAAGGAGGAAAGAAUUAGACCCGAGGGUCUGGAGAUGGACAUCUUGACCAAAGAAGUGGACAAUGUAAAGGACAACAGUGAACUGAAUUCCCCGGUCAGCCUCACGAGGGAACAGUUCGUCUCCUCCUUCCCGUACCAUCUCAUUUUUGACGAGAACCUGAGGCUCCAGCAGUUCGGCAUCAGCGUGGGCAAGUUGUCUCCCGUGAAGCUGCGCGAAGGCAUGCUUAUGUCCCCUGUCUUCCGAGUCGUCUACCCGAGGAUGAACUUCAGCAUCGAGAACAUCCGAAGAUUCAUCAACGCCAUCUUUGUCAUCGCCAUUGAUUCAGGGGCGGGCUUGCAGGAGGAGCAGGACAACGCCUUCAGCAUGAAAGGUCAAAUGAUUUGGAUCGAGGCUACCAAUCUGAUGAUUUUCAUUGGCUCGCCCCGGCUGACGUCACUAAAGGAAAUGAAGAAGAUGAACGUUUACAUGGCGGACAUUCCGUUGUAUGACGUCACCAGGGAGAUGGUACUUCUGUACCAGCAGAGGAACGCAGAAAUCGACAUCACAAAAAAACUUGACGAGACUACGGCUGAGCUAAAGAGAACGUCCAAGGAGCUGGAGCGAGAGAAACAGAAAACGGAAAGAUUGCUGUACCAGAUGCUCCCAGAGAAAGUGGCCCAUCAGCUUAAAAACGGCCAGAAGGUGGAGGCAGAGAAGUUUGACCAAGUGACCAUCCUGUUCAGUGACAUUGUCACUUUCACAAACAUAGCCGCCGCCUGCAGUCCACUUGACGUGGUCAAAAUGUUGAAUGACAUGUACCACAGGUUUGACAUGAAAACAACUGUCCAUGGUGUGUACAAGGUUGAAACCAUUGGUGAUGCCUACAUGGUGGUCAGCGGGGUUCCUGAAAAGACGGAAGUCCACGCUCAACCAGUGGCCAACUUUGCCCUUGACAUGGUGGAAGAGGCUGCUUGUGUUUUAUCACCUGCCACAGGAAAACCUUUACAGAUUCGUGUUGGCAUUCACUCAGGCCCAGUUGUGGCAGGCGUGGUGGGACUCAAGAUGCCCAGGUACUGUCUCUUCGGUGACACGGUCAACACUGCAUCGAGGAUGGAGAGCCAUGGUAUCCCUGGCCGAAUACACCUGAGUCCUAGUACAUACAGCGCUCUUCAAGGUCAAGGUUAUUUAUGCAAGUCAAGGGGAGAGAACGUCAUCAAGGGCAAAGGCGUGAUGCAUACUUACUUCCUGGUGGGGAACAGCUCACACCGAAUCUCGGAACCUGAUGACGAAUUCUCCGCCUUAUCUUUUCUUGAUGACCAGAUCCGACAUGAAGACAUACCAGUGUCUCCAAGUAAAGAGAGAAGAGAAGGAGACGGAACAGACUUCACGACCCAAAUCUCUUCAGAGAGCACCCACACUUCUCCGGAGAGAGCCGAAAUAACUGAACAGCAUCCGCUUAGCUUCCGUGCAAGCCUGUCUGGAACAGUCUCACUGAAGGACAUUCCAAUAGAUAGCGAGCCAAAGCUGGAUGCUUGCAUAGAUUCAGAAACUAGUCAGGAUGGAAACACCAAGGAAUCAGACAAAUACAACAGAAAAAAAUCAAAGUGCUGCUUUAAUGAGUCGGAGACCGCAUCCUAUGACUUAGAGAACCCUUCUCCUUCAAGUAGAACCUGCCGUAUACUUUAACAGUUCAGUUUUUCCAAGCGGGACGCUACAGAAGAAAUGUCAAAAUUUCCUUUUCACAUAUAUGAUGUUAAAGAGUUAAAGAUCUAAAACCACUGCCAAUAUUUCAUGUGACCAGUGUCCCUUUAGGUUGGACAUUUAUUUGCAGAGAGACUUAAGCUUUAAUAUCAUUACCAAUGACUAGACUACUUCUGACACCAUAAAUGUAAAUAGAAUACAUUCUUUGUAGGAUGCUUUUAGGCGUAGCUAAUGUGCAGUAUUACAGUCCAGCGACUUGGUAACUACAAUUACAGGAACAACUUUCUUACUUGCGAGUGUAGCACAUAUAAUUAGCUGAACUCUUCAAUACUUCAACGUGAUAUUGAUUUUCAUUUUUUUUACAACUUUACCAAUAGUGAAAUAGAAAUGUGUGUAUCUGGUAACCAACGUUCACAUGUUCAUGCUUUCACGCUGUAUGCUCAACAAAUUGACCUUAAAUAUUACAAAGUUAAACAAGGUUUUUAUUUUAUGUGUGACAAUCAUUGAGAGCACCAAUGUUAGUUUAUCAACUGCAUCUCGUGCUGAAGUGAAUGUUACCUAUGGCAGCAAUGACCAAACGUAUUCAGCCUGUACAGAAGUGACGCUCUCUUACGCCAUGAAUUAAAUAUAAUAUUUCAAGUUGAAAUUUUGCACACUCAUUCGUAACCAUCAGAAUACACAAAAAAAAAAACAAGAAAAAAACAAAAGUUACAUAGACAGUUUGUGUAAAAACCUAGACAUACAAUCGGCAUCCGAAGUGGUCCAACCGGGCUGGUAAAAAGGCAGUUUUCAAUAUUUUCAGAAAGAAUAUCAGAAUAAAAUUCUAUCAAAAGCAAAUGACAGAAAAGAAUGGAGAAAGACGAUUGACGGAUCUUGUGUGGUGCCCUAACGGUCCAGAAAACUAAGAGAUAGGUGAAGGUGAAGUUAGAUUUGAACCUGGCCUAACUGAUGUCAUAUAAUUAUCUAAUGGAUCUAAUUUUUUUGUAAAGAGUCAUACUCUUAUACAGAUCCUCAAGAAAAAAAAAGUUAAAAAAGACAAACACAAACUCCAAAUCGGCCCCCUAAGUCGUCCAACCAGGCAGGUAAAAAGGCAGGUUUCAAUAUUUUCAGAAAGAAUAUCAGAAUGAAAGCCUAUUAAAGACAAGUGACAGAAGAAUGAGUAUCUAAUUGAUCUAAUCGUUUUGUAAAGGGUCAAUCUCUUAUUCAAAGCCGCAAGAGAAAAAAAAAUUUCCAUUAAAAAAAUACCCCAUUUACUCUUGUUAAGUGUCAUGUAAAUUUCAAUGCCCACUGCAGUACACGCGAUGAUAUGAAAAACUACUUCUUAAUUGUUGUCUUAAAUUAUAUAUGAAUAUUAAAUAAAUUUUAAUGUAAAUUAAGUAGUUAAUAUGACAAAACUUAUUUAACUUAGCAAUACAGCAAAUAUCUAGAGAUAGAAACAGCCACAAGAGGGCGCAAAAACACCCUAUAAUACUCUCCUUUACAUUAGAAAUGAAACUGAAACAUAUGUUCAGAUCAACCUUUAAUAAACUUCCUCCAAGGAAAUCAUCUACAUGAGCCUGUUCAAAACCUUUUGUUGUAAAUAUAUUUUCCUGCUCAGAUCUUGUGUUUUAUAAAGAGUAUUAUUUUGAUUGUAAAUCGUCAAUACCACCUCUAGCUAAAUCAAGACUCUGUAACUUUCUAAGUCUUUGUCAUUUAAUUCUACACAAUUUCAGCUAGAGCCACCAUAAAUAUAGGCUAUACAUGUGAAUGAAAGAUCUGACGGUUUAGAAUAGUUCAGAUGUCUGUAUUGUACUAAAUGCAAGCAUCUUGCACGUCUGGAGGGCUUUCCAUCACAAAUCUCUUAGUGCUGAAGCUCACUGACCUUUUUUUUUGUUUGACAACAUCAAGUUCAUGAGAAAUUGGACGCUAAACAGCCACAACAGGGGGCAAAAACUCUGGAACCCUAAGUGCUAACACAGAAGCUAUUUAAAGCCCGCAAUUUGAAAUAAAUGGCCGCAUAUGUCGGAUAUCUUUUACAUACUUUUAUGAAUUUGAUUACACUUUGAUACAAAGCUAUCUAUCUCUUUAUAGAUGCAGAGAUCCAUAUUGGUCAUACAGGAGAGUAAUACUUCCGAAACAGAAUUAAGUUUUUCAACCUAAGACGGAAAAAAGUCUGCCAAAAUGCUAGUUUUUAUUUAAUUUCUAUGUCAAAAAUUUAGGGUGAAAAACAUUCUAAUAAUUAAAAAGUUGUAAUAUUAGCAAAUAUAUAUGAGAGACUAAUAAAACAUGUUGAUGCCAUAACGUUGCAUUCAGUUGCGUGACAAAGGUUAUAGGAUCGAAGAUUCUGAAGUGCAUUUGUUGUUCUUUGAACCCCUAUACUUAACAGUUAAUAAAACUGUCUCUUAUAUCGAAUUAUUUCAAUGUAUACUUAUACUAUUAUUAACAGAGAAAGAAAUGUUUAUAUAUA